GUAUCUGCUUCAGAGCGGAUUCAACCGCCAAGGAAGUUACGCUUUGUAAUGUCACUGUAAAGAAGUUUGAGACCAAUUUAUUUAUAGAGACCUGGAUUUAUUAGAACACUUAGACGCUGGAUAUAUGACCUGAAACGAAAGCGUAUCGUGGUUUUUAUUUUGGAAGGUUACUCCUGGUGAUCUUCGAACCUCUAUUAUUACUGUAUAGCUAACGUUACACGGUGAAGCCUCAUGUUUUCGUCAAGCCAAGAGGAGCACUGCGCCCCGUCCAAAGACCCAGUGAAGUACGGGGAGCUGGUGGUUCUGGGGUACAAUGGCUCUCUGCCCAAUGGAGAUCGGGGUAGACGGAAAAGCAGAUUUGCGCUGUACAGGAGGACCAAAGCCAAUGGUGUUAAGCCAAGCACUGUGCACAUCCUCAGCACCCCCCAGGCCAGUAAGGCUGUGAACUGUAAGGGCCAACACAGCAUCUCCUACACACUGUCCAGGAACCAGACAGUAGUGGUGGAGUACAGCCAUGAUAAAGACACAGACAUGUUUCAGAUCGGGCGCUCCACAGAGAGUCCCAUAGACUUUGUAGUGACUGACACAAUAGCAGGAGGCCAGGAGGGAGAGGAGACUCCCAUCACACAGAGCACCAUCUCCCGCUUUGCCUGCCGAGUUGUUUGUGAGCGCAACCCACCCUACACUGCUCGCAUCUACGCCGCAGGGUUCGACUCCUCCAAAAACAUUUUCCUUGGGGAAAAAGCAGCAAAAUGGAAAAACCCUGACGGUCACAUGGAUGGCCUGACAACAAAUGGAGUACUUGUAAUGCACCCCAAGGGUGGGUUCACGGAAGAAUCCAAGCCUGGAGUGUGGAGAGAGAUCUCGGUCUGUGGGGAUGUUUACACUCUGAGGGAGACCCGCUCAGCACAGACUCCAGGCAAACUGGUGGAGAAUGAGAGCAAUAUACUGCAGGACGGCUCCCUGGUGGACCUGUGUGGAGCCACUUUACUGUGGCGUACAGCAGAAGGCCUUUUUCACACCCCCACCCAAAAGCACCUGGAGGCUCUCAGACAGGAGAUCAAUGCAGCGCGGCCCCAGUGCCCUGUAGGUCUCAACACCCUCGCCUUCCCCAGCAUGCAACGCAGCCGUGCCCUCUCCUCUCUGGAGGACAAGCAACCUUGGGUCUACUUGGCUUGUGGCCAUGUGCAUGGUUACCACAACUGGGGCCACCGUUCAGAGCAGGGGCCUAACACCCAGCGAGAGUGUCCCAUGUGCCGGGUGGUGGGGCCCUAUGUGCCGCUCUGGCUAGGCUGCGAGCCGGCCUUCUAUGUGGACACAGGUGCACCCACACAUGCCUUUGUGCCAUGUGGACACGUCUGCUCAGAGAAGUCAGUCAAGUACUGGGCGGAGAUCCCUCUGCCCCAUGGCACCCACGCCUUCCAUGCUGCCUGCCCCUUCUGUGCCACCCAGCUCAGCCUCACUCAGGGCUGUUCCAAGCUAAUCUUC